AUGGAGACUCCACUAUUAUCACCAUCCUCGUCGCCACCAUCGCCGGCAUCAUCAUCAAAUGCAAGAUCAGUCAGACGACGUUUGUUGGCACCAUCAUCAUCUGAAGCAAGAGGAAACAGGAUCGGAUAUCCGAAUGGGCAUGACAUCGACUGGAUAAGUGCACUUCCAGAUGAGCUAUUGGAAAAGAUCCUUUCGAAUCUACCCUUUAAGUCUGCUGUGAAAACAAGUUCUUUGUCUAGGCGGUGGUUGCACUUGUGGAAACAUAUGCUUCAAUUAUGUAUGGACAUGAGAUUUAUCAUGGAAGGAAAUGCCACACGAGAUGUUGACCAAGUUUCUAGGCUUCUCGCGGAGUCCAUGACCAAGACUAUAAACAAUCACCGUGGCCGCGUAGAGAGCUGCACACUCGGCCAUUUUGUGUUCCAAUGUGAAGAUGGUACGCUCGAUAGGUGGAUCCGAACAGUGACUCGUGUGAAACAUACCAAAGAGCUUAUACUUGUGAACUAUAUUGGACGUUGCAUGUGGCCUAUAGGUGGAUACAAUACGCUCAAGGUGUCCCCAAGGACAUUCUCUCAUCAAAGCCUCACUUCACUGUCAAUUACUCGAUACAAUUUAACAGAGACAGAGGCCUUCAAAAGUUGUGGCAAUCUUAAGACCCUUAAGCUUCUUGACAUCAUUGCCGAUGUUAGUAUCCUUAACAGGAUUAUAAGAAAUUGCUCCUCUCUUGAGAUGCUUGUGUUGCACAUCACAUCCCUGAGCAAACGCGGUGUAUUGAAGAUCAGGAACAAGAAUUUAGAGGUCUUCCAAGUGGCUUGCCCUACUUGGAUAGAUAAAGUGAAAGUGAAUGCAACUCGUUUGGAGAUUCUGGACAUCAAAUAUAUCUAUUGUGAUAUAUUUAACUUCAUCCUUGAUGCUCCUAAGAUCCGGUUUAAUAGGAAUUAUUGGGAUGGUGAGAUUUACCCUCACAUGAGCUACAAUAUUUCAAGUCUCGCUGAGGAGAAAAAAAGAGCUUGGUUUGAGGUUAUGGUGACUCAAUGUUUUGAUAGGGUACGGACUGGAUCUUUAUCCGUGAGAGUAGACGUGACCAAGCCGAAAGAAGUCGAGAUCUUGAAGGAGGUCUUACUUUUUUGGCGUCAGGAAAUGAAGGAGCUGGAGAUCAUAUUCAAGAACGGCAAUGCUCCUAGAGCAGAGGGUGAAUCUUCUUCUAUCAAUGGUGUAAACCCGUUUCCAGAUGCUUACUUCCGGGUUUCUAAGAUGUGGCUGUACAAUUUCGAUGGUUCGAAUGAAGAGGAGUUUGCCUUAGCGUCACGUUUUGUGACACAAGGAACAGUGACCGAUAAGUUGAUGAUAGAGACAUCGACGUAUCCACCAAUGAAGAAGUUAAUAACAGAAGCAAAAGUUGCCAAGCUAAUGGAACUUUCUCAAGGUAACUGUGAUCUUACUAUUGAAUCUUUUUGAUGAUGAGUUCUGGUUCGAAUCUAUCCAUUGAUACUCUUUCCUUUAUUGCUUUGAGGACUUUUAUGCUUUAAAAUUUCAAGAACUGUGUGUUUAAUUUGGUAUUGGUUCUGUAUUUUAAAGUUUGAGAGAUUUGGAUAUUUGGAUAUUUUGAUGUUUUAUUAGAACUAUUUGAUUUGGAUAUUACCUCAUUCUUUAAUA